AUGCCCCCCGCCACCAAGAUGUUUCGCCUCUUCGCAUUAUCCGCGGCUUUAGACCAGGCUGUUGCUUCUUUCAGCCUUAAUACAGGCGGUCCUAGCUGGGACUAUACCACCAAGGACUUGGCAGACAGCACUUCCCAAGCCUGCAAGGACGCCUACAGCGCCAGCAUAAACUGUGACGAAACUCUCGUCAAGCUCGUGGCGUCUCUGGACCCUGACUUCCACCCGGAUAGUUCGGACUUGGGGCAAACCUGUACCAAAACCUGCAAGGACUCACUGGACGAUUAUGUCAAGAACGUCAAGGCUGCCUGUGACCAGGACGGCGAUCUAGCCGGCCUCGACGCGGGGAGAUCUCUCAACUUCACAGUCCCCGUCUCCACUCCUGGCGAGGUCUUCCAGUACAUUUAUGGCGAAGCUUGUGCCAAGAAUGGAACUGAUUACUGCUACCUAACCUUUUCUGAGAGCCACAGCUGGGCCAGCAAGGAUUUCGCAUGCAGCGACAACUGCGCAGUGAAGUUCAUGCAAAACGCUCACGAGAAUCCUGGUUCCGCAUACUGGUUCUUCUACGAGACCCUUACAACCCAGUCUUCAUACUGGGAGGACGUCUUUGCGGGUGGCUGGAAGACUGUUGUCAAAUGCGGACUGGGUGGAAGCGAUGCAAGCUCCGUCAGUUCGAGCGCAAGCUCGUCCAAGACCGAUUCUGUCCUUUCAUCUUCAACCAGUCUAAGUAAUAGCCAACUUACUGGUUCUGCGACUUCGACUCCGACCUCGACUGCGGCCGUGACGAGUACUACUGCUCCGGCUAAUUCGGCCACGGCUACCAGUGGCGCUUCGAGGCUUAGAAUUCUCUUCUUUUAG